AUGGCGGACUCAGAACGAUCCCCUGCUGGCAGCGACUAUGCUGAAGAGAAGCGCAACCAUCCUACCAAAUGGUACCGCUCUACCUUCUUCAACAUGACCAUUCUAGGUCUUUGCAAUUUCUCAGCACCUGGAAUUUGGGGUGCCAUGAAUUCACUUGGUGCUGGAGGCGCGGCAAGCCCUCAUUUGAUCAAUGCUGCCAAUGCCUUGACAUUCUGCUUGAUGGUUGUCUCUUGCUUCUUCUCCAGUGUCAUCGUCAAGUACAUCGGCAUCAAGGGUGCAUUGAUCUUCGGAACUCUCGGCUACGCUCCCUUUGCAGCUGCUCUUUACACCAACAAUCGCUAUGGCACCGAAUGGUUCGUACUUUUCGGCGCAGCUCUUUGCGGUAUCUCAGCAGGUGUUUUCUGGAUGGCUGAGGCUGCCAUUGCUAUUGCCUACCCUGAGCCAUGGAACAAGGGUAAAGCCCUCGGAUACUGGCUCACAUACCGUCUUGCCGGUCAGGUUUUGGGCGGUGCCAUCAACUUGGGUCUCAAUGCCGACCGUGAUCAAGCUGGCAAAGUUUCCUACACUGUCUUCCAGGUCUUCAUUGCUCUGCAGUGCCUUGGGCCCGUGGUCGCACUCUUCUUGAACAAGCCAAGCCAGGUCCAGAGGAAGGACGGAAAGAAGGUCGAGCUGACCAUCUUGGAGAAUCCAAUUUUCGAGAUGAAAGAGACAGCGAGGCUGUUCUUCACAAAGCGUUUCCUCCUGACCGUUCUCUGGAUCGGACAGGCCGUCUUUUCCGAAGCUGUGUACUUUACCUAUCUCGCCCUCUGGUUCUCCGUCCGCGCCCGUGCUCUGGGAUCAUUCGUAUCCGGCAUUGCCGCUGUCAUCUGCGGUAACCUCGUCGGAAACUACCUCGACGCCACACGCUUCUCCCUCAAGCUGCGAUCGCGCUCUACUUUCUGGACCAUCGCCGUCCUCCAGGGCGCAUGGUGGAUCUGGAUCACCGUCCUCGUCACCCGCUACCGCACCACGCAGCCAACCUACGACUGGUCCAGCAGCGGAUUCGGCCACUCGUUCGCCGUCUUCGUGCUCCUCACCGCCGGCUUCCAGGUCAACUACCUCUUCCUCUACUUCUUCAUCACCAACCUCGCUAAGAACGAGCCCGAGGUCAUCCGCUACGCGGCGCUGCUCCGUGGAACGGAGAGCGGGUGGCAGGCUGUAUCCUACGGUCUCACCAGCAUCACGCUCUUCGCGGAGGUCGGAGCCGUCUACUUCAACUUUGCCCUCUGGGCCGUUUCCAUCUAUCCCGCCUGGUUGGUCCUCAAGCAUUUCGGUACCGACAACGAGAGCAUCGUUGAGCACCAUGUCGGGGACACUGUCGUCGAGACUGGUGUUGUCAGGCACAGUGUUGAGCAACCUAAGGCUUAAUUGGAUCACUAUACACUACAAAACUGGCGCGGAUACAACAGUUCUGAUUUCAUUUUUCAAGUAGAUGGAAUGAAUACCAGAUCGCAUCUUUUGAAGCUCA